AUGCCGGGAGUGGCGCUAGUGACCGGCGGCAGUCGCGGCAUCGGCUUCGCUGUGGCUCAGCAGCUUCAUCGACGCGGCUGGCAGGUCGCGAUCACGUCUCGAGACGUAGAGCGAGCUCAAGAAGCAGCACGGAAGAUCUCUGCGGAUGUAUUGCCGCUGGCGUACAGCUGUCCGCGACGUGGCGAAGGAGACGCCAGUGUUGAAGCUGCUCGGUUGGUAGCGCAAGUGUCUAAGGAACUGGGCGAUGGUCCGUCGGCUCUAGUAAACGCUGCGGGUAUCUCCAAGGACAGUUUGCUAUUGAGACUUAAGGACGCAGAGCUGGACGAGCUGCUGCUUACGAACCUCGUGGGACCCGUACACAUGUGUAAGGCGGUGGCUAAAAGAAUGAUGCAGCGUCGUCAGGGCAGUAUUGUCACGAUCGGCAGCGUGGUGGGCGCUGCAGGAAAUGUCGGACAGGUCGCUUACAGUGCGUCCAAGUCGGGAUUAGCGGGCGUCACUAAGACGCUGGCCAAGGAGUUCGGUAACCGUAACAUCCGCGUAAACCUAGUGGAACCAGGUUUCAUUUCGACAGAGAUGACAGACACGAUGGCGGACGCUGCACGAGACCGGGUGCUAGGCAACAUCCCAUUGGCUCGAUUCGGCAAGGCGGACGAGGUGGCACAACUUGUGGCGUUCCUGGUUAGUGACGAGGCGUCGUACAUUACAGGGCAGUGUAUCCGAAUCGACGGAGGACUGGUCAUUUAG